AUGAUGACGCUCGCGACGACGCAGACGCCGCGAAAGCUGAGCAUGAAGUACACGCGUAGACCGAUCACGCCGGAGAGCGAACGCCGACGGUCGUCGCGCGAGCGAACGAAGAUUUCGUACGUUGGAAUGGAUGACGGGGCGCAGGAUAAGAGCGAUCGUGGGUACACGAAACCGGCUCGGGCGCCGACGCGGGCGCCGCGGGCGGUGUUUUCGGUCGGGGGACGGGUUUACGAUAGCGAACGAGGGGUGACGUGUCACUGGUGUCGACAAAAGACGGUGGAGACGCACGUGGCGUGCACGGGGGAGGCGUGCCAGGGUGCGCGGUUGCCGUUGUCGUUCUGUGGGAUGUGUUUGAGAAAUCGUCACGGGGAGGACAUCGACGACGCCGUCGCGUCGGGGUGCUGGCAGUGCCCGCGAUGCCGCGGAUCCUGCGGCGAAGGGUGCGUGACGUGCUGCAACUGCGGACCGUGCCGGAAAAAGGCUGGUCUGGCGCCGACGCACCAAGUCAUCCAGCUCGCGCGCGCGAGUGGAUUCGAUAACGUGCACGAUUACUUGGUGUCUCAGACCACGCGCGAAGGCCCGAAAGAAAUCGCCGCGCGCAAGCUUUCGUUCCCAUGGGGAAAAUGGUUGCGCGACGAUUUCUGCGCCCCGUGCGCGGCGGAUCCCGAGUCCGAAUCAGAGGAGCGACAAGUGGACGUCGCCGCCGGUUCCUCCGCAGACGAUGAAAGCGCGCAAGACGUCCCGUCACCUUUUGACUCCGACGACGAUUCGAGCGGAUCUGACGACGAUCAGUUCAUGGUCGUCCGCCGCACUCCGACAAAGCGUCCCGCCGCGUCGCCGCGCGCGUCCGCGUCGCCGAAGAAAAAGGCUCGCCCUUCGAUCAAAACGCCGGUCAAGAAACCGAUCGAGUCGAUCAAGUCGAAGACCGCGCCACCGACGCCCGAACCCAUCGCGCACCUCGGCGAAGACGUCUACGAGUUUGAGCGCGUCUUGGCUCGCCGCAAGCGCGGUCGCGGCGAGCAGCUUCUCAUCAAGUGGCGCGGGUUCGGCGAAGACGAAGCGACGUGGGAACCGGCGAGAAACAUCAUCACGCACGCGUGA